AUGGCUCCCCCUCCACGAUUGCGCAUUCUCUCCGUUGGGAGCAAUGCGAUUUCAGCCUUUCUUUCCUGGCGACUACAGGCCACAGCCUCUUGCGAUGUGACAUUGGUGUGGAAACAGGGCUUCGAGGCUGUCUCACAAUAUGGUGUUUCCUUCAAAUCAAAAGCAUUCGGCAAUGAACGAUUCAAGCCCCGUCACGUCGUCCGAUCACCCGAAGAAGCCUCCUCAAGGGAAAAUACCUACGACUAUGUAAUUCUCUGUGUGAAGGCGCUCCCAGAUGUCUACGAUUUGGCUUCGGUCAUCGAAUCCGUCGUAACACCCCAGCACACAUGCAUUCUCGUGAACACCACAAAUACCCUGGGCAUCGAAACCCAUCUCGAGCAGCGAUAUCCGACCAACGUUAUUCUCUCCCUCGUUUCAAAUGUGGAAAUCUCUCAAACUGGACCCAGUGAGUUCGAGCAUCUGAGCUCGAGCGAGAUCCACGUCGGUGCGACCAAUCGGAAAUCGGCCAUCCCUGCUUCAAUCCAGAAUGACAUGGCUGCGGCACUUUCCUUGACCCUGAACUCAGGCCAAGUGGAGUGUAAAGUAUCGCCGAAUAUUAGACAGGAGCAGUUUGAACGCAUGAUUGGUCCGGUCGCAUUCCAUCCUGCAAGCGUCGUUUUCGAAGUCUCCAAUCCCACACAAUUAUUAGAGAAGAUCGGAGUCCGUCCAUUAGUGACAGGGAUCAUCGAUGAGCUUUUGACAUUAGCCACGGCUCUGGGUUGCAAUUUCCCCAGCGACUUUAAGGACAAGACGAUGGAGAAAAUGACCUCUUCAGACGCCCCGAGCACCAUGUUCCAGGACUUCCAGGCUCGCCGACCAAUGGAAGUGGAAAACUUUCUGGGCUCCCCUAUUAAAUUGGCCGAAGAUUCAAACGUAUCUUUGCCACGAAUCGAGGCCAUGUAUGCUAUGCUCCACCAAGCCAACGUGGUGAACCAAACAAAGCCCCGACAUGGCGACUCUCCCCCAGCUUCGGUGAUCGGUCACCCACCUCCCCGCUUAUCAUCCGCUCCUCCCCAUCGGCCACCCAUGAACGGUGCCGGUAUGCGAUCAAGUCGCACCAACUCCAGUAUGGGGGUUCCACAGGCUCGACGAGGUCCACCCCCAGGGAUGAUGCGCGCCCCACCAGGUGGACCAAUGCCCCCUCCCGGGGCCCGCGGUGGUAUGCCUAUGCGCGACCCUUCACUCGAGGGUCUUGAAGAGUUCAGCCACCUUAUGAUAUACAGCGAUGAUGCCGACGGUAGUGCACCACACCAAAAUGGCAAUGGGAUGCACGAUGGCCCCCACGGCGGCCCCUCUGAAUUGGCACUGAGAGAGAGAGAAUUGGCUCUCCGUCAGCGAGAAAUACAACUCCGAGAGCAAGAGAUGGGCAUGCGUCGAGGUCCUGGCCCCGGUCCUCGUCGACCACCCCCACCUCCGUCCCGAGCACCGGCAUCCGUAUUCGACGAGGAAGAUGAAGAUUAUUUCGAUCCGAUGGACCACAUUCAGAUUCCCCAUAUUGACCCCGAUAGUGUUGACAUGAUGAGUCUUACCUCACGCCGACGCAAGGGCCCUGGUCACAGUCAAGGACAACUCCGAAAGAACCCCGAACUCGCGGUUGGUGGUCCCCCGGGGCCCUCAAGCCGCCCAGGAUCCUCCUUUGGUCGAUACUUUGGCCGCAAGCGUACGAGUGACAGAGUAAUGCAAGAGAUCCCCGGUCUUCAUGACUCUCUCAUGGAGCAUCCUAUGAUGAGUUACUCAUCCAACAGAUACGGAGCCGUCGACCGAAACCAAUUACACGCUGACUCACGAGCCAACUCUCUCACGGCCAGCCAUAUGGGAGACUUCCCGUCUCGUCCAUAUCCUCAGAGCCGACGAAACUCCCAAUCACCCGCUGCGCCCUUCCCCGGCGGUCCCCCUGGACCUCCUGGACCCGGUCCCCGCAUGGGGCGUCCCAUGACGGCUCACGACGCGAAUCUCGGCCCUCCCAGUGGACCUCCUCAUCAUAAUGGUCAACCAUCACCCCCUGGAAAUAUGCGGACACCGGUACCCCGGAAUCUGUCAGGACAAGGCCCGAUGGCACCUCAACAAAUUGAGCAACACUAUGGGGUGAGCAAACAUUACCCUAAAGGCCCACCAAAGAAUAAAAGUCUGACUGGAAGUGCGAGCGCCAGCGCGGAGAGUGGUGAUAGUGGUGCCAGUGCCAAUAUCGAUUCCGAAGCAUCAGCUCACAGCAGUCAGGUCAGUUUGGGUGAUCACCAGCAACAUCACCAUCAUCACAACAUCGCCGCAGCAGCACCCCCGGUUCGUUGA